AUGUUCCUAAUAACGAAGAACAACGGAGAGUUUCGACCAAUUUUCGACCUGAGGGGACUCAAUCAACACGUAAGGACCAAAAAAUUCAAGUUGAUCUCACAUCACAAGAUCCCAGACUUUCUCCAGGACGGAGAUUGGUUGCCUCUCAUCUGCCCCUCACACCUUUGCGAUGGUAUCGAAUUGGGUUGCGGAGACCCUUCGAGCACAAGGUGUGAGGGUCGUCGUCUACCUAGACGACUUCCUGCUGGCCUCCCAGAACCGAGCCACAGCACACUCUCAAGCCAUCCAGGCAAUGAAGAGACUAGAGUUUUUGGGCUGGCACGUCAACUUAAACAAGUGCAUCCUGGAGCCCUGCCAAGAACUGGACUUCCUAGGUUUAACCUGGAAUACUGUGGAGAACCGCAUGUCCCUCCCAGUAAAAAAGGCACGCAAGAUCCACCUUUUAUCAGAAGAACUCAAGUCCAGUGGAGUCUGCCGUCUAAAGCAACUCCAAACACUCUUGGGGCACCUCAACUUCGCCGAUUACGUGAUACCCAGAGGGCGCCUCCACUCUCGUUACCUACAGAUCUUUUUAACGAAUUUCAACCAGAGGAGACCUCGCCAAAAACUCCAUAUCCCCACAACCGCAAAAAGCGAGCUGAAGUGGUGGUCGGAGGCAGUUCACCUGAACUCCCCACUCCACAAGCCACCAGUCCAAUUCUUCUUGACGACGGACGCAGCGGACAGCGGCUGGGGAGCCCAGUUAGGAUCUCAUCAUAUGGCAGGGACCUGGACAAACGAGCAGAGAGACUGGCACUCCAACAAGAAGGAGAUGUUUGCAGCUCUCUCAGCGUUACGCGAGGUAGCCCCUCAAAUUCAGGGCUCGCAUGUCAUGUUGCAGACAGACAACAGGUCACUAGCUGCAUACAUAAGGAAAGAGGGUGGAACAAAGUCCUUCAAUCUCCUGGAGCUAACCUAUCGUCUCCUUCAGCUUGUGGACGAUUUCCAAAUCACCUUAUCCGCGUCGUAUCUCCCCGGAAGGUACAACGGGAUUGCCGACAGUCUCUCCAGAGGAAAGCCACUCCCAGAAUGGCACCUCCUUCCAGCAGCCACCGAACAGAUAUUCAAACUAUGGGGGGCCCCAGAAAUCGACCUCUUCGCAAGCAGAAGGUCAGCAGUGGUCACUCACUACGUCUCACUGGACUCGACCGAUCAAUCCGCAUCCUUUCACGACGCCUUCAGUCGGCCAUGGCGGUUCAAGCUAGCCUGGGUCUUCCCUCCGCCCAGUCUACUACCCAGAACGUUAGCACACCUCAACAAGUGCCAGGGAACCUAUCUGGUAAUAGCCCCCGAGUGGGAACAGACAUUCUGGAGAGCAGAUCUGGCCAGCAGAGCGGUUUCACCGCCAAUAAAAAUUCAGAAUCUGAAGGAAACUCUGCUAGACCUGACCACGGGACUCCCCCCGCCACAGGUGGAAAAAAUCUGUCUCCAGGUGUGGAAGAUUGGGGCUGGACCUCGCUAACCAACGACUGGUCCUCUCCAGAGAGACAAUUACUGUCUACCAGCUGGCGCCAAUCCACCAUCGGUACCUAUCGUGCCCCUAUCCAGAGAUGGCUAAGAUGGUGCGAGAACAAGGGCAUAGCUCCCACCUCGCCUAAGGCUCCACAGCUGGCCAGGGUUUUAGCUGGUCUCUUCCUCAGAGAAAAGUUGGCUUACAAUACCAUUCUGUUGCAUCGCUCGGCAGUAACAACAUUCUGUGCCGGCAGAUCAUCUGAAGAUUUAACUUCACAUUUUUUGGUACGACAGGUCCUAAAAGCCAUCAAUAUCAGCAGACCUCCGGAGAUCAGGUCUCCUAUCUGGGACGCUGAGAUCGUGAUGAACUGGUUGUCCCGUGGAACGCCAGACCUAACCUUGUUUGAACUCUCAAGGCGUACGGCAACACUGCUCCUUUUAGCUUCAGGUCGGAGGGUCCACGACUUGACCCUUCUGUCAAUCGCCAAGGAGUCGGUUAUCAACUUAGGCAAUCAGGCUGGCGCCUCUUAAAACAUCCCAAUCGUUGGUUGUGCCCGGUAACUAUGAUCAGAGCAAUGCUGAAGCGCUCAGAACCUCGACGUAGCGCUGGAGAGUGCGACGCACUUUUCAUCUCCCUGAAAGGACCUCUGCAGCCUGCCUCAAGAUCCACGAUUGGUGGAUGGAUCCGCUCUGCUCUUAAAAACGCAGGCAUAGAAGCCCCUGCGGGAAGCAUUCGUUCAGCGGUCGCAUCUAGAGCCUGGCUAGAUAACCUACCCCUAGAAGAGAUCCUGUCACGCGGAAAUUGGAAAUGCGCAGAGACAUUUAGAAAGCAUUACUGCAGGAGGAUAGACACUCCAACUAUAGAGAGAACUAGUCUAGUAUCAAAGACUUUUGUUCCUAUUUGAAAAGCUGACAGAUAUGUAUUUUCAUAACUAAAGACCAAAUUUUAUAAAAGUUGUCACUCUUCAUGUAAGAUUUAAAUAAUUUAAAACACCUUCAGAGAAUAAAUAAUACUCUCCUCUAA